AAGUAUUUUAUUUUAACGACUAUAAUGUCUGUCUAUAAUGAAGCCAAUAUUGUAGUGAUCAAGACCCCAGCUAGUGCUAGCAAGGCCUUGAUGACUCCUACCAAGAAGGUUCCUGCUGAAAGACUCAACUGAUCAAUUAGCCCGCGUUGCCAUAAAUUACCCUUAAGAGACUCUAAAGUGUUGGGAGAUAUCAGCAAUAGCUGUAUAAAUAAUGAGGAUCCAAUAGAGCUGAGAAAAAUGUAUGAAAAAUAAAAUUAGAAAUCUCAACUCCAGCAAUGAAAUCAAGACCGCCUUACUCCAGCAAAAAUAUGACUUAAAAUGUAAAGAAAUAGAAGACCUAAAGGAGAACAACAAGUAUUAUUCCUCAAUUAACUCCAUUUGUAACACCAGAGAAGAAGAAGCUAAAGAGCAGCUCUAAAGGUGAAUAGAGAGCAAUUUCUCAAAGAAAUGAUCGAUAUUAAAGCUGACCAUCUUGACCAAAUGGUCAAGAUGCAGAACAAAAUCUAUUCCCUAGAGAAGGACAAUAUGGGACUAGAAGAUGAAAUUGAAAAGUUGAGAGAAGAAAGGAAAAAUGGGAAUAUGCAAAAUGCUGUCCAGGGUUUGAGCGAAGAACUCAGAAGAGCACUCAAGGAUAUCGAGAAGAUGAAGGAUGAUAAAAUUAGAGAUAAUAUCCGACAGUCAAAUCAGAAAGAAAUAGAUCAAUUAUGCUCUAAAAUCCGGGAAAUGAAAAACGAACAUCAGAGAGACCAAGAUUACAUCAAAAAGUAUGAAAAAGAGAUCGAGGAUCUCAAACAUCUUCAUGAUUGAAUUCUAUCUGAGUUAAAAUAAAUCUCACCAGAACGAAAGAGAGGUUCUUGAAAGCAGAAUUCAAUCUCUCGAACAUCAGAUUAAAGGAAUGAUCAACAAUCACCCCAUAACUGACUGUAGUUUUAUGAUGACUGAGAGUGCUGAAAAUAUUGAAACAAUCACAGAUGAGAACUAUACACUACAAAGUAACAGAGAUGGCAAUUUCUACGCUGGAGAUAACUCUAACAAGAAGGAUCUCAGUAUUAUCUAUGAAUCAUAUAAAGAAAACCAGGAUAAACUAGAGAAUUAUCUUGCCAACAUUAUUCCAAAGAAAGACUAUAAGAUUUCAGAAUUAGAAAGAGAUCUCAUGAAUAAAGAAAUAAUUAUCAAUAAACUCAAGAAUGAGCUUGAUAAGACCAAGAACAACCUUAAAAAUAUGAAGACUAAUGUAUUUGACCUGAAGCAGAGAGCCAAGGUUUUGGAGGACUUCUUAGCUGACCAUACCAGCAAGCAAUGCGACUCAUUUUGUAAUUCUAGGAAUAAUACCAAUAAUUCUCGUGUUAGCCAUCAUAGUAAAGCUUCAUCAGAAAACGAACCUCAGGAUGACCAUAGCCAGCAGAUGUAUGAAGUGCAGUCCAAUACUAUUCAUAAUCACUGACAAAGAGAAAUCCCUCAGAAUUUUGUGACCCCAAACAAACCUGACAAGGAAAGAAACUACAAGUCUGUGUUUAAGUCCGAUAUCGGAUUGGAGACAAUGAAGAGGAUGAGCAGCUUGAAAAUUGGGGUGAAUUCAACAAAGAGAAAGAACCGUAAAAUAUCGUCCCGCAGAGCGAUCAAUGAUCCUCCAAGCCAGUCCAGUAUUAAUAACAUUAAGCAAUCUGAAAUAGUUCCUCGUGAUUUGCAACUUGAUCUAUCUAGAAUUACCAUGAGGGACACUAGCUUUGUAGCAAAGCUUGCUUCAAAGGAUGAAGCCGAUAUUGCUGAAGAGGAGAUCUACUUAAAACACUACUUCAGGAACAACCCAACUAGUGAGCAAACGAUGGAAGACAAAAGGCGAGAGAUUUACGAAAAAUACUGAGAACCAGAUAAUGAUUAUUUAUCACGCUCAUAUAAGGAUGAGUAA